CAAGGGCCAGUAGUGCGACGCCAGACUGAUGCCCUGCCUCUCUCUCUCGACGCCAGACAUCGGGCGGCGAACAUCGAUCCUUUGGGCCUGAUGCAGCGAGAGGACGCCGUCGCGGCGCUCGAUCCCUUGCGCUACGGCCUCCAUCCCACCAGCACAUACGAUGUGCGCGGCAUUCUCUCCUUUCCCGACGGGCGCGAGGCAGGCUCAAGCAUGGCGGACAUCGUCGAGCAUCUGCGCCGCGUGUACAUCGGCGACAUUGGCUGGGAGUUCUUCCACCAGCACAGCAAGGCGCAGCGUAAUUGGUGGUGCGACUACCUCGAACGUGAAGGAGUGAAGGAGGCGUCGAAGGAGGAGUCGAGACGCUCGCAUGCCCUCGUCACGGGCUCAGAGGAACUGGAUCGCUUCCUGGCAAAGAAGUUCCCUAGCGUCAAGCGCUACGGCGCUGAAGGAGCCGAGUCCAUGCUGGUGAUUGUCGACCAAAUGUUGCGCUCUUCACUGGCCUCUUCGAUCCCCUCCAUCAUCCUCUCCUCGCCGCAUCGAGGACGACUCUCCCUCCUCGCGUCUCCCAUCUUCGGCUUUCCUCACAGCGAGCUCUUCCGCGCCAUGGCAGGGCAAGCUCCCGCAGGCGAAGAGGGCAUGACGUUUGACGUGCUUUCGCACCUCGCACAGGUGACGCGGCACGGAGCGACUAGCAUUGAAAUGCUCCCGAAUCCGAGCCACUUGGAGGCCAUUGCUCCGCUUGCGGCCGGAUAUGCCAGGGCACAAGGAGCAGAAGCACUGAACAUUGCUCUGCACGGCGACGCCGCAUUCGCCGGUCAAGGCGUUGUCAGCGAGACGUUCGGCUUGUCUGAGCUGCCAGACUACGCCAACGGCGGUACGAUUCACCUGAUUGUCAACAACAACAUCGGCUACACCACCGCCUCUUCAGCCGGCCGCUCGUCUCUCUACGCCUCCGACAUCGCCAAGAUGAUCGGCGCACCCAUCAUCCACGUCAACGGCGACGCACCCGACGCAUGUGCGCGCGCCGCACGCGCUGCGUUUGAGUAUCGUGCACGCUGGCGCAGAGACGUCGUCGUGGAUCUGAUCGUGUAUCGGCGGUGGGGACACAACGAGCUUGAUGAGCCGGCAUUCACGCAGCCGAAGAUGUACCGAGACAUCCGCAAGCGUCGCUCUGUGCCGGAGGCGUACGAGGCGGCAUUGGAGCGCAAGGGUGUUCUCGGCGCAGGAGAGGCGCUCUCGGUGCGCCAGGCACAUCGUUCUGCCCUCUCGACUGCGCUGGAAGCGAUGCAAGCCGACCCUCCACCAACGCGAGAGCAGACGCCACAGCCGUGGGAGAGCUCGGCGUGGAAGAAAGAGACGAUCGUAUGGCCUCAUAGUCCGGCUGCAGUGCAUGAUCCAGAGACGGGAGUGGCGCUCGAGAAGCUGAGAGAACUGGGCGAGAGAAGCGUCAAGCUGCCGGAUGGCUUCGCUCUGCAUUCCACACUGGAGCGUCACGUAAAACAGCGCAGGACGUCGCUGCAGAGUGGCGAGGGUGUCAAUUGGGCCACCGCCGAGGCCCUUGCAUGGGCUAGCUUGCUGGCCGAAGGCUACGACGUGCGUAUCAGCGGGCAGGACGUCGGACGAGGCACCUUCUCUCAGCGGCACGCAAUGCUCGUGGAUCAGCAGACCGAGGCGACCACGGUCCCCCUCAACGAGCCGCCCCUGCAAGGCACACUGGAGCUGGCAAACUCGCCGCUCUCGGAGCUCUCGGUGCUGGCAUUCGAGGCGGGACAGAGCUGGGCUAGGCCGAGGCUGCUGUCGCUGUGGGAGGCUCAGUUCGGCGAUUUCUUCAACGGCGCGCAAGUGACCAUCGACACGCUCGUCUCCUCGGCAGAGGCCAAGUGGGGCCGUCAAUCUGCGCUGGUGAUGCUCCUGCCUCACGGCAUGGACGGCGCCGGGCCAGAGCACUCGAGCGCACGCAUCGAGCGCUUCCUCCAGCUGUCGGACGAUCCCUUUGACGCCGCCCCCAGCUUCGUCUCCUCGAGCAUGCCCGUCGUAUACCCGACCACGCCAGCGCAGUACUUUCACCUCCUGCGCCGGCAGAUGCUGCGCAACUACCGCAAGCCUCUGGUCGUGGCCGCUCCCAAGGGCCUGCUUCGCGCUCCCUACGCCGCAUCAGCGCUCGAGGAGAUGGCGCCGGGCACCUCUUUCCGCUCCGUGCUCGUCGAUGCCUCCUCCUCAGCCAGUCCAGUCGAGCGUAUCAUUCUCUGCGCCGGCAAGCACUACUAUGCGCUGCGCGACGAGCGCCAGAAGCGCGAGCUGGCCGCCCGCGUGGCGCUGGUGCGCCUCGAGGAACUCAGUCCCUUUCCCUUCCAGGCGUUGCAGCGCGCCCUCUCGCCGCUCGUGUCGCCGCAGACGUCCUUUGUCUGGGCGCAGGAGGAGCCGCAGAACCAGGGAGCUUACUCGUUUGUCGAGCCUCGCAUCCGCUCCACUCUGGCGAAGCUUGGCGGCUCAGGCACAGCAGAGGUGCGCUACGCCGGUCCGCCGCCGCUCGCCGUGCCUGCCUGGGGCAUCAAGCGCAGCACGGCCGAGCUCUUCUCGCAGGCCUUCGCGCACAUGUGACGGCGCACCCAGUGACGACUCCCACCCCCUUGCUGUUGGCUCACGCUCCGUGGCGGCAAAGUACGUGGAGGCUGCUCAUUGUAAGGUCUAGGCUUCUUAGUAGUUGUGUCUCUCUCCCUCCCCUUCCCUUUCUCUGCUGCUCUUGCUUCGUGGCCCGCUCCCGCACCGCAUCCGUCUACGCACCGCUCGGCUUCGAAAGGCCCGCAGAGCCGUGCGCGGGUGGUGGAGAAAUGAAGGAGUAAAGAGAGGGAGA